AUGGAAAUUUUAUGGAAAUCGCCAUGCCACAAGGCAGAGAAAGCGAGCAAACCUAGAGUGCGACUUCAUCUUCAAGUGAUAAAAUUAUGCUAUAUUAAAAUGAUGCCACUGCCAGUCCACCAGAAGGACCUUCAGCAUCCGCUCGAAAAAUCGGUACACCAGAACGCCAGAGACGUGAAAACACAGAAGUAGAAGCGAUAGCUUUCCGUUUUAUUGAACUGGGAAUAUUAUCAACCAUUUUUAAAAUGUUGCCCUGUAUUAAAACAAUGGCUACAAUGCCAGCAGUUUAAUUUGGAACAGACUAAAAACAUUUCCAAACGUAAAGGUUGCACUUCAAGUUUAGUGCUGCAAUUGAAAAGGCUGUAAUUGGAAGGAAUUACACUUAUGGAAAAUAAAUUAUUUCUUUGAAGUGAACAGGAGAUUGGUUUAUGAGAAUGUGAUGAGAUCGGCAGGCUGUGGUGCUUUAUCCGCUGAAAGGUUUUGCGGUCUUAUGAACAUACCACCAAUCCCAAGAUCUUCACCGUAUGCUUCACAUAACAAAGCUCUUCUAAAAGCUGCCAAAGAAGUUUGUCAUGAAACCAUGAGUGAUGCUGCCAGGGAAAUACAUGUGCUUAAAGAUAAGUCUGAAGAUGAAGUUGCUGACUGUGGCAUUUCAUCUGAUGGUACUUGA